ACCACAACAUUGCAAGGCACGAGGACGACCGAAUGUGUGGCCAAAUAGCCCGAGUCGUUCCGGGAUGAUGUGUUUAAUAUUGUCCUCACUUAAUGCAGUACUAAACAGUUAUGUUGUGGACGACGGACAGUUGUGUUGGUAUUUCGAUAAGUCUUAUUCAGUUAAAAUCUUACACGUGUGCCUCCUGUGGUAAGAUAGCUGAGCUAGCUAAUUAGCGUUAUGGCUAGCGGUGAAGAGUGGCAGAUUGUGCGUCGCGGCAAAGGAAUAGCCCGUACAGGAAAACGUGUCCAGACAGAAAAACCAGAGGCUUCAGAACCAUCGGAAAGACUUCGGGGGAAACGCAGAAUAACAGAGGCGGUAAAUGAGUUGAAAGGUGACAAUUUCUGGUUGGAAUGGCGAGAGCUCUUGUCUGGCUGCCUGGCUGCCUCUGGCAGAGGUAGCUCUGAGAAUAAGGCAGUCAGUAAGAGGGCAUGCCUGCUCGACUGUGUGUGCUAUGGCCUGGGCAACUUCUCCUCCUGCGUGUCUGCCAGAUAUCAGCUUGCCAUGUUGCUGCUGCUCUUUGACACACUGGAGAUUCCCGUGGGCCAGUGCAGCAUGUAUGACCCAGUGUUUACAGUUUCAGAAUGUGAGACUCUCAGGGAGCUUGGCUUCACUGUGCUGACUGAAAAUGAGGAAGGAAAGCGAGCGAUAUGUCGUCCCACCCUUUUCUACCUAAUUCAUUGUGGAAAAGCUUUGUACAACAAUGUGCUGUGGAAGAACUGGAGUCUUCAGGUUCUGCCGAAUGUCAUUGUUAUUGGCAACAGCUUUCUUGGCAUUCAGGAGAGGAUGCUUCAGAGGGAGCUUGAAAGAGACUACAGCUUCCUCUCAGAUGCGAUAGGUGUGUGUGAGGAGACUAGCCUGCCCUGCUCACCUCGUUUCCUGGAUGUGUUUAAUGACACUGCCCUCAUCCGAUUUCCAACUGAUAAGAUUUCUGAACUCCCAGAUUCCAUCUGGGCUGAGCCUGUGGAACCCCACUACCAACACUGCCCAGACCUGGAGAUUAUCCUGAAGGAGCGUCAACUGAACUAAGGAAAGUGGGUGUGUUAAAACACUUCAGGGUGUGGCUAUAGGGGAAGGAUGUGUGUCUGGAAUAGAGACAUGCACAAACAUGUCUGUGCUAUGUUUCAUUAUGUUGAAUCUGUGCGACAUUAAAAGGUAACUUUAAAAAGC